CAGGCUGUGCCCCUGCUGAGUGUAACACAGCGGUCGGGGUUAAAAAUUUGAAUUUCGUCUGUUAACAUUAGUAGUGGGAAGUUUUCAUGAUUUAGUAUUGUCUCGUAUUUGUUAAACUGAAAGCAGACACCAGGAGACACCUGUAUAUACGUUGUUUUGUGUAGAAUAACCAGGUUUGUUCGAGGUCGUGGCAUGGAUGAGGUACGGCCUACCAGUGGUGCUCAAGCCCACGGGCUGGUGCCGCUGUUUCCCCCCGGAUUGCAGGCUAUCUACGGGGAAUGCCGGCGACUUUACCCCGAGCAGGCCAACCCGCUUCAAGUUACAGCUAUUGUAAAAUAUUGGUUAGGUGGACCCGACCCGUUAGACUACAUCAGUAUGUACAGGAGUGAGGGCUGUCCUGCUCAGGACAUCCAGGAGCAUUGGCACUAUGUCAGCUUUGGACUGAGUGACCUGUAUGGGGAUAAUAGAGUUCAUGAAUUCACAGGAGCAGACGGGCCCAGUGGUUUUGGCUUUGAGCUCACCUUUAGACUCAAAAGAGAGACGGGAGAGACGGCACCACCAACCUGGCCAGCUGAACUAAUGCAAGGCUUGGCUCGCUAUGUGUUCCAGUCAGAAAACACAUUUUGUAGUGGCGACCAUGUAUCGUGGCACAGCCCACUAGACAACAGUGAAUCUCGUAUCCAGCAUAUGUUGCUUACAGAGGACCCACAGAUGCAACCAGUUCAAACGCCUUUUGGCUCAGUGAGCUUUCUCCAGAUUGUGGGUGUAUGUACAGAGGAGCUGCAGGCGGCCCAACAGUGGAAUGGCCAAGGCAUCCUGGAGCUGAUGCGUGGAAUCAGAGUAGCUGGUGGCCCCUGGCUUAUCACAGACAUGAGAAGAGGGGAGACAAUUUUUGACAUUGAUCCGCACCUACAACAGGAGAGAGUGGACCAGGGUAUUGAGACAGAGGGCUCUAACUUGAGUGGGGUCAGUGCCAAGUGUGUGUGGGAUGAUCUGAGUCGACCGCCGGAGGACGAGGAGGACAGCAGAUCCAUCUGCAUAGGAUCACAGCCACGGAGGCUCUCAGACAAAGACACAGAGCAGAUCAGGGAGACCCUGAGAAAAGGGCUGGAGUUUAACAGCAAAGCAGCGCUACCACCCAUCAGCAGCCAGAGACAGAGCCAUGAGAGACCUCAGAGUCGAAAGGACAGUUUGGAGAGUGAGAGUUCAGCAGCCAUUGUUCCUCAUGAGUUGGUCCGAACACGACAGUUGGAGAGUGUCCAUCUGAAAUUCAACCAAGAGUCAGGAACACUGCUGCCCCUCUGCCUGCGGGGCCGCUUGCUCCAUGGGAGACACUUCACUUACAAAAGUAUCAAUGGAGACACGGCCAUUACAUUUGUGUCUACAGGAGUUGAGGGAGCUUUUGCUACUGAAGAGCAUCCAUUUGCAGCCCAUGGCCCCUGGCUUCAGAUAUUGUUGACUGAGGAGUUUGUGGAGCAGAUGCUUGGGGAUUUACAAGAACUUAACACUCGUGAGGAGACAAAGUUACCAAAGGAGUACAGUUGGCCAGAAAAGAAGCUGAAGAUCUCUGUCCUCCCAGACUCUGUGUUUGAUAAUCCACUGCAAUGAGACAAUGAGACACUUCAUUGCUAGAAAACUACCACACAAACGCCUGCAGACACACACUUCCUGAGUGGACCAUCAUGAACAGGAGACCUCCCAGCACAUGCAGCGACCCACAGCUGUCAGGGCGCACAGAUAUGCUGCUCCCACAGUGGAUGGCCAGAGACUGUGUCACUCCUGAAAAAGAUGUGAGGGACGAUCUAAACCCUUUCGACUGUUACUGCAUUCUCAGACUAGCCCCACUGUUUACAACAUUUCUCUAAAGGCUUGAAAGCUUUUAGAGAAUGUGAAAUCGGCCUCAAACCAGCCUGUUCAUAUGGUUGACCUGUAAGAACAAUCAUUAUAGGUGACACACUAGCUGGAGGGCAAAACAGGAUGUUGUCAUUCCUCCAGUCAGGCCUGCCAAGGUCUGUGGUCCAAAAUAUACGUCACUAAAACAGUUGAAACACAUCCUGUGAUCACUCCAGAGAUAACUGCUGCAGAUCUCAAAAACAGUUCUAUUUAUUCCACUGGCCUUAAAAAAGGGCGGAAAAGUCACAUGUUAAACUUGAGUUCGUAUAUAGUAUUUACAAAUGCUGGACAUUUUUCUGUUAUGUGUUUGUCGUCAUACCAAAGUUUUAACUGUUGGCAGCCCAAUGCCAAUACUGUCUGUGUGUCAAAUGAUAAUGUAAUAAUGACAUGACAAACUAUGAUGAACUAAUAUCCACUCCAAAUGAACAUAUGACCUGUUUUUUAUGUUGUUUUUUUAUAUGUGGCCGAAGCUGCAGGUAGAACCACCACUUCUCCCCUGUGCCAAGAACAUGACUCCUGUAUUAAUAUUUUUUUCUUACACAUAAAAAAUGCAUAUUUUAAAGAUAUGGAAUUAAAUACAUCAAGUCUCUUGUAAAUGUUCAAAGAAUGGGAAUCCGUGGUCAGUGUCCUCUCUCGAGUGUUGUCUCCAGUGGCCACAUAAAUAUGAUUUGUGUUUUUGUUUUGUUAUCAGUAGGACCUGCUUGAAAAUGAGUGAAAUUCCUCAGUGCCUUGUGUUGAAAAGGACCACAUAUUCUCUGUUGACUCUUAACGCUGCCUACAGCUCCGAGAUAGUUAAAGAGAAGUCACGGCUGCCACGGUCAAUCUGUUUUUGAUGCUGUCACUCUAUUUUAACACAAAAACAGACUACUUUUGCUACAGUGUCUUCUUACAGAAAUGUACUCUUAUGAUACAACACGUGAUGGCAUCUUUUUUAUUCAGAGUGACAAAUGUAAAUUUUAGACGCCUUUGAUAUGGUAUUUUGUAAUUACUAUGUUAUGACAGAACUGCCUGAUUGUAAUCCCAAGUGCAUUAAAGCCUGUAGGUAUUUACAUAAAUAAAGAUGGAAAACUAAUGCAGAA